AUGUAUACAUUUCAAGCUUUGAAUACAUUAUGUGAGCUGAUUAAUGGUAUUAUUUCACAAAGUCUAACUCGAUUCUAUUCAACUCAAUAUAUUAGUGCAUUUGUCACAACGUCGGAUGUAUUUGAAUCAGAAAUUUCAGCAUUGAAAGAUCAAUUCAUAUCGUCAACGACCCAUAACUUUUUAGCAUCUCUAUCAGCAGUACAAGGCACAACUCAAAGCAACGCUUUAUUCUCUAGUAUAAAUACUAAUUAUAUAUUCUAUGGACAAGGCAAUAACUUUUCGUCUUCUCCAAUACAGUACGGGAAUUGUAGCUGUGCGACUUCGGCUACCUGUGCUUACCAAGCUGGGAUUUCUUUUCCUGAUGAAAAGGCUGUGUAUCUCACUGUGCCAGGUAUGUAUGUCGGAUGUUAUAUAUUUGAAUCAUUACUUCAAUCUGAUCUUCGAUGUUUUUAUGAUCAAACAUGUAUAAAUCAAUUAAAAAAACCUUCAGUGAGUAGUGUACCACCCAGCGCAAUAGCUCUUGACAAAUCAUUAUUAGAUCGCUUUUCAGAAAACUCAACUAUUGAAGAACUUAUUAAUCAGUUGAUGGUCGCUGAAUGGAAUUCAUCGAUAAUAUAUGAGAAUUAUUACAAUGAAUGUCAACCAUCACAAUGUACUUAUACUCACCAGACAAAGAAUAGUGUAAUUUAUAUUGUCACGGCAUUAGUUGGAUUGAUUGGAGGUUUGACAACAGCGUUGGAACUGAUAGUACCACGCAUGGUUAAAUUCAUUUCAUUUUGUAUUCGAAAAUGGAGAAUGAGACGUGUCACAACUACAGUGAUGCCAAUCAUUCGAACAUAA